AUGGAGAACAAUACAGAAGUGACUGAAUUCAUCCUUCUGGGACUGAGUGACACCCCAGAACUUCAGAUGCCCCUCUUCAUCAUAUUCACUACCAUUUAUGUCAUCACCGUGAGUGGGAACUUGGGGAUGAUUGUGUUGAUUCUCAUAGACUCUCGCCUUCACACUCCCAUGUACUUUUUCCUCAGUAACCUUUCAUUGGUGGACUUUUGUCACUCUACAACAAUCACUCCCAAGGUCAUCACUGGGUUCCUGGUAAGAGACAAUGUCAUCUCCUACAAUGCAUGUGCUGCUCAGAUGUUCUUUUUUGCAGCUUUGGCCACAAUGGAAAAUUUCCUCUUGGCUGUAAUGGCCUAUGACCGCUAUACAGCCGUGUGCAAACCCCUGCAUUACACCACCAGCAUGACCACAGGUGUUUGCGUGCGUCUGACCGUAGGUUCCUAUGUCUAUAGUUUCCUAAAUUCCUCUGUCCACACUAGGGACGCAUUCAGUCUCUCAUUUUGUAUGUCCAAUGUGGUCCAUCACUUUUUCUGUGAUGUUCCAGCUGUCAUGGUUCUCUCUUGCUCUGAUAGACAUGUUAGUGAGAUGAUUCUUGUUUUUGUGGCAAGCUUCAACAUCUUUUUUGCUCUUUUGGUUAUCUUGAUUUCCUACAUAUUCAUAUUUAUCACCAUUCUGAAGAUCCGCUCAGCUGAGGGAUAUCGAAAGGCCUUUUCUACCUGUGCUUCUCACCUCACUACUGUGGCCACCUUCUAUGGGACCGUCAUCUUCAUGUACUCCCAGCCCAGCUCCAGCCAUUCCAUGGACACAGACAAAAUAACAUCUGUGUUCUAUACCAUGGUUAUCCCUAUGCUGAACCCCCUGGUCUAUAGCUUGAGGAACAAGGAGGUCAAAAAUGCAUUCAAGAGGGUGCUUGAGAAGGCAAAAUUGUCUCUAGGUUUCAACUUUUAA